AUGAGUAGUCUUGAAGAGGACCAGGCAGUGAUAAACUACUACUUACGUCUUAAAAGAUAUCAGCAUGUUUUAACAUACUGCGAUAUAAAACUCAAGAGGAGGUUGUCUGAGCCUACACUGAUUUUAUGGCGAGCAUUUUCACUCAUUCACAUAGAAAAAUGUGCAGAGGCCUUGAACGAACUCGGGCAACUGCAAGAUAAACGUGACUUGACUUUAGCCUAUCCCCUAGCAGCUAUUUUUGCAUAUGAAAGUUGCAAGCAUAUUGACCACGAAGCAAUCCAAGAGCUGCAAGCUAAACUUACCAUUGCAUCAUCAAGUGAAAAUAUCACAGAACGUGCAUAUAUCUUGGCUGGACUAUUAUGCAUGCAUACGGAACGCCCAGACAUGGCUAAAGCCUAUUUCAAACAGGCAUCAAUCAAGGAAGGUCCAACUACAAUCGGAUAUGUGUAUCUUGGCUGGCUUGAGCUUAAUGGAAAUACCAAUGAAUCUGCAGGAAAGGCCAAUUCGUGGUUUGAUAAAGCUCUUGGUAGAAACCCCCGAGAUGUUGAAGCUCUUUUUGGCCGCCUUACGUUUCUUAGAAAAAUGAGGCGCCAAAUAUCAGCAGCAGUCGAUAUAUCUACUCAACUCAUCGUGUAUCAUCAAUCGUUUUUACCUGCAUACAUUGAACGAAUGCACAUGUACCUUGAGAUGGGUGUAUGGGAUCAAGCUAUGGAAGCUUCGCAACAGGUUAUAGCCAUGUCGCCAGACAAUAUUGAUGGACUGUGUCUUGUUGUUUUACACGAGCUUUGUCAAGAGGGAGGUGCACGCAUGGCUUCGACCUACAUUUCUAAUAUUUUUGAUGUGCUGGGAAGACUUGAGCCUAAAAAUGCCAACAUGUAUUACUCGAUUGCUCGUCCAUUUGCACGAUUGGCAAACCGCAAUAUACAGAUUCUUGAUCAAUGCCAAAAACUUGUUGAAAAAGCUAUAUCGUUAAAAUCAACAAGUGAAUUUCAUACCGAGCUUGGAUACAUUCUGUUUUUACAAAACCAGAUUCCUCGUGCUAGAGAAUGCUACAAUACUUCAGCCUUGCUUGAUCCUCACAACAUCUCUGCUUUGGAGGGAAUCGUCCGAUGCCAGCUUUUUUCUGGUGAUUUGCAAGGAGCAAAAGAUCAGCUGGAUAUUUUUAACGAAUUUCACAAUUCUAUGGACCAUUCUGCCGAGAUAGCUUAUCUCAACUCAUUAUUUGUUUGGAAACAAAGCAUGGAUAUUGAGAAACGAAUUGAAUAUUUGAAGAUUGCUGUACGGAAACAGCUUCAGGUUGUCAAUUCUACUACACUCAGUUUAGACUAUUACGUUGAUGCCAAUCCAGAUUUUCUUUUUGAGAUUGUCAAAGACUAUAUGGAGCACUGUACAGCCGAAGGUGACAAGGAAGAUAUUUCCAUGCAGACUGUUCUCCAGCUUGUUAAAGAGUUGCUAGAAGUAAUAUGUCGCAUUGUUCCAGCAUCCACUGAAUCUCAAUACUGUUUGGCAAAAACAAAGCUUUUUUUAGGCGACAAAAUGGGGGCAGAAACAAUUUUGACCAACAGUUUGAAACUUGAUGGAUCGAAUUCAAAGGUGUAUUUGCUAAUGGCCGAGAUUCACAUGUCUAAUGGAUUGUAUAAACCAGCAAUAUCAUGUUUGGAAAUGGCCCUAAGUUACGAUUUUGAGAUUAGGCAUCUGCCUUUAUUCCAUUUACUUAAAGCGCAGGCACUCAAGUUGAAUGGGUCGUAUGAUGAAGCCCUUACAGCUUUGAAAACCGCCAUGAACCUUCCAGCUGUGAAAGAUUUAGCUAAACAUAUUGGCACAAAAACUUUGUCCCAAUCCAGUACAAGUUCUGAAAAAAUCCCAACGUUAUAUCUGCUUGCAUCGCUGCACCUGGAAGUCAUUGAUGUGUAUACCAAGCAAAAAGCCAUGCAUGAUUGCAAUCGUGCCAUACAGGAGGCUUUACGAAUAUUUUCUGGCACGAAUCAGGAACCGCGUAUUACGAUUGCCAACGCCAAUGUUCUUUUAUCCAAUCAAAAUGUUGAAAAUGCGCUGAACAUGUUGGAAUCCAUUCGGUCAGACCAACCUUAUUUUUUGGAAGCAAAGACUUGCAUGGCAGAUAUUUAUUUGAAGUACAAAAACGAUCGUAAGAAUUAUGCUCGAUGCUAUAGCGAAAUUGUUGAUCGGAACCCAACAAUCAAAAGCUGUUUGCUUCUUGGCGACGCUUAUAUGAAUAUUCAGGAGCCUGAGCAAGCUGUUGCGGUAUAUCAAUCUGCGUUAAGUUCUAAUCCAAAUCAAAGUAUUCUUGCUUGUAAAAUUGGUAAAGCGCUGAUCAAAACGCAUGACUAUUCACGGGCUAUUGCAUACUAUGAAUCUGCUUUAGAAAACAAUCCAGAUAUUACAUUUUCACUGCAGUUUGACAUUGCAGAACUUUUUAUGAAGUUAAAACGUUUCGAAGAUGCAGAAAAAUUGAUUACAGAAGCGCUGGCACACCCAGUAGACAACGAGCCGGGUGUUCUUGCAAUGUAUGGAAAACUACAUAUGUUGUUGGCACAAAUAUUCAAACAAACUGCCAAGCCAGAUCAGGCAUUUUCUUCUUACAUGAGUGCACAAGAUAUUUAUAGCAGGUUAAUUUCACAAGGAGUUGCAGUGGAUGCGAAUGAAGCUAAAUGUCUGUUGGCUGAUGUUUGCUAUGAACUGGCCGAGAUUUCACAAUUUAAUAUAAAGGAUUCGGAUCGAGCCAUUUCUUUUUACAACGAGGCAAUUCAGCAUCACACAUCACAUAAAAAGGCUGCAAUUGCAUUGGCCAGACUGUAUAUCCGUAAAAACGAUUUAACAGAAGCUCAAAGACAACUUACCACGAUGAUGAAAAAUGACAUUGCUUUAGAUGAUGCCACGUUCAUGAUGAGUGAAACCAUGUUUUUAAAAGGGUUGUAUCAGCAAGCGAUUUUCCACCUUCGUCAAUUACUGGAUAAAAACCCUCUGCACUUUGAAGCUCUUGCUCAGUUUAUUGAACUGUCGCGACGUAAUGCAAGUAUGGAUGAGAUAGAAGGAUUACUCAUUUCUGCCGAACAUCAAUCCAAAAAAACUGCAAUAAGCCCAGGAUUUCAUUACUGCCGCGGUCUAUACUUUCGAUACAAGUGCAAUAUGAACGAAGCAUUGCAAGAAUUUACAGUAUGUCGUCGGGAUACUCAAUGGGGAGAGCGAUCACUACAUCAUCUCAUUGAAAUAUUUUUAAAUCCAGACAAUGAGACUAUUGGAGGAAGUGCAAUGGAUAAUGGUCAAGAUUUAAACAGUUCAAAGGCUGAUGAUACUCGGCAAAACACGGAUUCACUCAGUAUGAUGACGGUUGAAAAGCUUGUCAAUGAACUGCCACAAUCGGACAAGUCACUUCGUACUCGCGUUAUCGAGUGUCAACUGUUGAUGGCAAGCAAAGAAAAGGCAUCCAUUGAGAAAGCAAUUCAUAUCAUGAUGGAGAUUUUGAAUAUAGAAAGAGAAUAUAUUCCAGCAAUAUAUGGCACAUCUGUUGGAUUUAUGCUUCUCAAACAACCACCUCGAGCACGAAACCAGCUCAAGCGCAUAGCCAAGAUGGAAUGGACGAUCGAGUAUGGGGAUGAUCUAGAACGAUGCUGGUUGCUUUUAUCAGAUAUAUAUAUUCAGGGAGGUAAAUACGAUCUAGCAACCGAGUUAUUGAAAAAGGUGAUUACACAUAACAAGUCUAGCGGGAAAGCAUAUGAAUAUCUAGGAUAUAUAAUGGAAAAGGAAGCAUCGUACAAGGACGCAGCGGAGCAUUAUCACCAAGCAUGGAAGCUGGAGAAUGAGACGAGUGCAGGAAUAGGAUUUAAACUAGCAUUCAAUUAUUUAAAAGCAAAACGAUACGUAGAUGCGAUAGAUGUGUGCCACAAGGUUCUCAAGCAAGUGCCAGAUUAUCCAAAGAUUGAAAAGGAAAUUCUACACAAGGCACGCAGCAAUCUAAGAUAUUUAUAA